AUGGCUGAAGCAUUUGAUAUAACUGAUUCAAAUACAACAAUGACGUAUGUAUUUCGUUUUGGUACAUCUAAUAAAAUUGUUCAUCUUACUCAACAACAACAACAACUUAAUCGUAUUCCUUAUUUAAUUAAUCUUAUGAUACAUCGAUCUAAAUAUAAUUGCUGUGUCGCUAUUACCCUUAGACCAAAACAAGAACAAAUUUUAGAAGAACCGCAAUCAGCUUGA